AUGUUUGAAGAAAUAAUUUUUCCUCCUACAUUAUCGCCCAAACUACUUGGGGCAUGUUCAACUGGUAAUAAGAGUGUACUGAAGAAGUUAAUCUCUUCUCUACCUUCUUAUGCAUUAGAGCAAAAGGAUAAACUUGGAAGAACACCACUUAUUUUGAGCACUGUUUACGAUCACACUGAUUGUGUUUCACUUUUACUGAAGGCUGGAGUACAAGUGGAUAAUAAUGAUAACAAGGGACAAACAGCACUCCAUGCAGCUGCAGCAAAAGGAUUCAGUCAAUGUGUUAAACUUUUACUUCAACAUAAAGCUUCAGUACAGUGUAGAAAUUUUGAUGGUGCUACUCCGUUACAUUAUGCAGCAAUUUCCCCAAAUCUGAAGUGCUUGUCACGGAUUUUAAAGAAAUUGAAGCCUGGUGAGAUUGAUUUGCAAGAUGCUACAAGAAAAACCCCAUUGCAUUGGAGUGCAGCAUAUGCGUGUCUGGAGCAUCUGAAAAUGCUUUUAGCCCGGGAUGCUCAUAUCUGUAUUCCUGAUAAAGAAGGUAAAACACCACUGCACUUUGUUGUUCUCCGUAAAGAAUCCAAGGCCCUAGAAAUUGUUAAGAUUUUGUUGGAUCAUGAAAGCACUCUCAUUAAUUGGCAAGAUUAUGGAGGUCGUUCUGCUCUUCAUCUUGCUGUAUCAAGUGGCAGUGUUGAAAUAGUGCAUCAUUUGAUUUCUAGAGAAAAUUGCAAUUCUGAUGUAUUAGACAACUCAUUUUGUACACCUUUGCACUGGGCUGCACGAAGAGGUUUGUGGGAAAAGGCAAAUUUACUGCUCAAUAAAGGAGCCAUUCCUACUAGUGCUGAUCGCAAUGGAGCCACUCCUUUACAUUAUGCAGCUUAUAUUAAUCAUGUUAAAACUGUUCAAGUUUUCCUGUCAAGGAAAUUUAUCGAAGAUGUUGGCGAUUUUGAAGGAAAAACUGCUCUUAUUUGGGCUGCUGCUAUGAAUUCUGUUGAUGUACUAACUUACAUGGCUGCUAAAGGUGUAAAUUUAAUAGCAACGGAUAGAGAUGGAUCUACUGCACUCCAUAUAGCUACCAUUCUUAACAAUGCCCCAGCUGUCACUACAUUACUAAAACUUGGAAAUCCAGUGGAUAUUUUAGAUGGAGAUUUCAUGACACCUUUAUUGAAAGCUUGUGAGUUUGGUCGUGCAAAUUCAGCCCAAAUUUUGUUGGAAUACGGAGCUAAUCUGUAUGCUGUAGACAUGUGUGGUCGUACUAGUUUGCAUUGGUGUGCUUUAGGUGGACAUGCCAAUCUCUGCCAAAUAUUGAUUUUAAAAGGGGCCUUAUGUAAUACUAAAGAUAACUAUGGAAUGGUUCCCCUACAUUAUGCUAGUAUGCAUGAUAACAACGUUAAUUGUGUUUCGGUUCUACUAGAGUCAACAGCUAAUCCCAAUAUUAUUGACAAAGAGGGAAAAUCCCCACUUCAUUCAGCUGUAUUGAAUAAUCGGCAUGGUAUUGCAAAGUUACUUUGCCUUUAUGAUGCAGAUGUUAAUGCAAUGGCAAGAAUUGAUGGAUGGGUUACUCCUUUAGACUUGGCAAUAAAACUGAAGAACAGGAAAAUUAUUUCUUUGUUAAAAAGUUACAAUGCUUUUGAAGCAAAUGAAAUUAAAAAGCAAGCUGCUUUGUUAAUUGAGGCUUGGUACCUCAGAGUUAAGAGGAAAAGCAGCAAGAAGUGGAAAUCAAAUUUCUUUUUUCAGAGAAUAAAGAAGCAAGCUUUUCCUAAAAAGAAGUUUGUUGCUGUUAUUGAAGCAGAGCCUUGUACUUGUUAUGUUACUCACAAUGGAAAACUCUGUGUCGACUGCACUUCAGGUGUGCAUGUAGGUCCUUGCACAUUGUUCAUUGAUAAGAUUUUUCAAAUUCAGCGUGCCUGGAGAAGAUAUUCUAUGAGGAAAAAAUUUGAAAGAGCGCGAAAUAACGUUCAAGCAUUUUUUGAAUCUGAAGAAGCAAGAAGAAAUGCUGAGCGGCAAUGGAAGAAGAAGAGCACAUCAGUAGUUGAGGAAGAAGCUUCGUCAUCUCAAGGGAAAUCAACCCCGUAUACUUCUUCUCAAUGGACAUUCAGCAUCGGGAAAAGGAAAAAAGAACCUGGACUUAUAGAAAUGAAGAACAGCAUGAAAGAGGCAUUCACUCUAUUUUAUUGGAUCAUGGAGAGGGAAGCUGCCGAAGAUCCUUGUGACCUGUAUGGCAGGCUCCUUGCAAUUAAGUUGCGACAAAUGCCGCAGCAAAUUAGUGCAGUAGCAAUGCACCGUAUUGACAAACUAAUGCUCCAAAUGAAUCCCUGCUCUCUGAAGUCAGAAUUUUGA